AUGGCCCGGCGGAUGCGCCGCGCGUCGUCCGUACCUCGCCGGCGCUUCCCCCCGCUGAUCCGCGUGCGACGUCAUCCGUUCCCGCGCGCGCUUCAUCUCCUCCGCGGCGGAGUUGUACGCCCCGGAGUUGUACGCCCCUCCUUGGGCGCCAUGUUGAGAGUAGUUCUCCUUGGACGCGGCCGCCAUCCCAGCGCCGCCGCCGUGAUGAUGCCCGCGCCGCUGCGUCUCGUGUUCGGCACGCCGCAUCUCUUCUUGCAUCUGCUGCCGCCGUCGCAUGUGAUACUCCUCCUCUUGGCUCUGCUGACUCUGCUGCGCGCGUCUCCGGUCGCUCUCCUCGCGCGCGCCGCGCGCGUCGUCGCCGCCCUCGCGCGAGCGCUGCCGCGCGGAGACCAUGUCCGCGUAGUACCCGGUCCCGCGGUCGCCGCUCUUGAAGACGUACCCGGGGCGGGGGCCUUGGAAGGCGCGAGACGGCACGAAAUCGCCGCAGCCGCCGCCGCCGCGGCUCUGCCGUUCCAUCUGUUCCAUCUGUUCCGCGCGCUGCUGCCGCGCGUACAUCUGCCGACGGUACUCCAUCUCCUCGUCGUCGCGACCGCCGCCGCCGUCGUGUUGUUGGUGGUGUUGUUGCCCUCCUCCUUGAGGCGGCCGCAUCUGCCGACCCUGCAUCUGCCGCAAGAGCUGCUCCCGGCGACUGUCGCCGCCGCCGCCGCCGCCGCCGCCCUGCUGUUGUUCAUGCUGUUGUCGCUGCGCGUACGCUCGCUGCUGCAUCGCAUGCUGGUGCCUCGCGUGCGCCUCCCUCUCGUCCUCCUCCUCCAUCGACCGCCCCUGGUGCUGCUGGUAUUGCUGUUGUCUGGUGUCGUACGGGUAUUCAGACAGCCGCGGCGCCGCCGCGCGUCUGCCGUGCCGCGGCGGGUUCCGCGGAUCAAACUCGCCCUCGUGAUCGACGUCCCGCCUGACCGCCGCGCCCGCGGGCCGCUGCGUCGCGAGCCGUCGCUGCUCCUCCCUCUGCAUCCGCCCCAGCGCCUCGCUCUCCGCGUCCUUCCGUCGCUCCCACUGCUCCGCUCGCUCGCGCGCCAUUCGCGCGCGCUCUUCGUUCGCCUUUGGGUCGAGGGUCCAUACAAAGCGACGAAUGUCGGGGUGGAGUUCAUAGGCGUCAGAAGCGGAGUUGAAAGGCGUCGAGGUGUGUCGGGAUUGAAAGCGAGGGGUGGUGGGCGGAGAGAUGCGCCCGGCAAAGUCCUUAAGGAACGGCGUUCACCACGCCGAUGGGGUCGUAUGGGGACCAGUGUGAAUCACGUGAACGCGCCUUGUCUUCGCGCGCUUGGCGGUCCAUCGCCGCGCGCGUCGCCGCCGCCUCGGCUUGACUCGCGCGCUCGCGCCGCUGUCUUCGCAGCACCUCGAGCUGCGUCUUGCGGUCCAGCCCGUCGUCCGGUGGGACGUACGACGGCGCGCGUCGCCCCGCGAUCGCGCCGGUGGACACGCCGCCUCCGUCCGGGGGGCGCCGCCGCAUCUGCUCUUCGAGGUCGCGGAGGUAGAGCUUCUGCUGCCGCGACCGCGGGGAGAGGGCGGCGAGGGAGGGGUCCGCGGCGUUCGCCCUGGCGUUCGCGGACUCGAUCGUCUGCUGCGACAGCCGACGCGCGUU